AUGCUGCGCCUGCAAAAGUGCCUGAAAGGACCUGCCCUCGAAGCUGUUCGGAAUCGAUUGAUGUUACCGGACGUAGUUCCGCAGGUUAUCGAGAAGCUACGUUACAAAUAUGGGCGGCCGGUGCACUUAAUUAAAACAUUCAUCGAGAAGGUGCGGAAGAUUCCGGCACCCCAAACUGACAAGCUGGACAGCUUAGUCGAGUAUGGGGAAGCAGUGCAGUGUAUGGUGGACCAUAUGGUUGCGGCUGGUGAACGUGCGCAUAUCACCAACCCGCUCUUGCUGCAAGAGGUGGUCGUCAAGUUACCAACGGAUCAACAGUUACGUUGGUCGCAUCACAUCCGCGGAAUGACAUCAGUGGAUCUGUCCACAUUCAGCGACUACAUGGAGGAUUUGGCCGAAGACGCUGCGAGGCUGACGACGAUUGACUCUCCUUCAGUGCGCGGGACCAGCAAGGGAAGGCCUACGAAGGGCUACGUCCACGCGCUCGUGGAUCCAGAUGGAGCGACAACGUCCAGCGCGGCUGAAAGGCAGUGUGUAUCCUUAACAGCGUAUGGACCCGGUGUGAUGAUAAAUACCUUCGCGUUCCUGGACGAAGGCUCGUCAAUGACGCUGAUGGACGAAGACCUGGCAAAACAGUUAGGGGUGAAGGGAGAAAGACGACCUCUAUGUAUCAAGUGGACAGGUGAUACGACAAGGGUCGAGCCGGCGACGAUGAUGAUCGAUUUGCAGAUUGGACCUGUGACGUCGACAAAAAGGUUCAAUCUGAAAGCUGUGCGGACUGUCACCAGCCUUAGCCUCCCACAGCAAACUUUCAUGAUGGAUGACGAGAGAUGGGACCAUCUUAAGCAGCUGCCAUUGCCAGAGUACCAUGAUGCUCGGCCACAGUUGUUGAUCGGGUUGGACAACCUUCGAUUGGCGGUGCCGCUGAAGACGCGUGAAGGCCUUGCAGGGGAACCGGUUGCCGUGAAGACUCGGCUUGGAUGGUGCGUGUAUGGGAAGACUGCUGGAAGCCAAAUCGGAAGGGUGCUACAUAUGUGCGAGUGUGGAGCAUCAGACGAAAACUCCACCAUCCAGGGGGCCUUACGCAAGUUUAUGAGUUGGAGCAACUCGGGACUGUCUCCAGUGACGUGCCUGAUCCAGAUGAACGAAGGGCACAGACAAUCCUGGAAACAACGACGGCUGGAAUGCCUGGAAAGAAGGAUGGAACGUGACCCUAAGCUGAAAACCGUGGUUCACCAUCACAUAGCCGAUAUGAUGGGAAAGGGUUACAUCCACAAGGCGACGUCUGCUGAACUUUCCGAGAGUAAUUCGAAGCGAAUUUGGUACCUGCCGUUGGGAGUGGUUACCAAUUCGAAGAAGCCAGGGAAGGUGCCCAUCAUCUGGGACGCCGCUGCUAAGGUACAAGGUACGUCCCUAAAUGACAUGUUGCUGAAGGGGCCGGACGAGUUAAUUUCUUUACCAGGGGUGCUGUUCCGGUUUCGAAUGUACGGGAUAGCGGUGUGCGCGGACGUCAAAGAAAUGUUCCUGCAAAUACGCAUGCGCGACGAAGACAAGCAUGCGCAGCGGUUCCUGUGGCGGGAAGAUCCUGCUGACGAUAUCGCAACGUAUUUCGUGGACGUCGUUACCUUUGGGUCAGCCUGCUCCCCAGCCACCGCACAAUACGUGAAAAACCGGAACGCCAGGGAACAUGUCGAGAAAUAUCCUCGUGCCGUACAUGGCAUCUUGACCAGCACGUAUGUCGACGACUAUUUGGAUAGCUUCGGAACACUCGAAGAAGCCAGUCGAGUAUCGAGAGAAGUCAGGGGAAUCUUCUCGAACGGCGGGUUCGUACUCCGGAACUGGGUUUCCAACAAUCCGGUUGUUUUGGAUCGACUGGGCGGCGAAAGCUCCAGUCUCGGUAUGAAGAGUUUGACGUCUACGGCGGAUGAUGGAGAACAUGUGCUCGGGUUACGGUGGAACCCGAGUUCGGACCAAUUGUCCUUUUACACGCAGACGUGUGUUGGAAUGGCGGAGAUAUUUGAGACGGAGCGCACCCCCACCAAGCGAGAAGUGCUCAAAUGCGUGAUGUCACUUUUUGAUCCGCUCGGACUGUCUGCACAUUUCACCAUCCAUGGAAGGAUCUUGAUUCAAGACCUUUGGCGAGCUGGUACCGGUUGGGAUGAGGCCAUCAGUCCCGGUCAAAUGCGAGAUUGGCGUAGAUGGGUGGAUGUUUUUCCUCUGAUAGCCCAGCUUAGGAUUCCGAGGUGCUACUUCCCGGAGGCACGAGAGAAAGUGUACGAGAAUACAGAGUUACACUUGUUUGUGGAUGCCAGCCAGCUAGCGUACGCAUGUGUGCUGUAUUUACGGGUCGUCGAUACUGAAGGAGAACCGCAUUGUACCAUGCUAUGCGGAACGGCAAAGGUUGCCCCUCUGAAGCCCUUGACGAUACCAAAGAUGGAGUUACAAGCCUGCUUGUUAGGUGCACGGCUUCUGAAGUCCACGGAACAGCAUCACCCGAUUCCUAUUAAAAAACGGGUGCUCUGGACGGACAGCACGGUGGCGCUAUCAUGGAUACAUGCCGACCCUAGGAAUUACAGGCCAUUUGUCGCGAAUAGAGUGGCAGAGAUUCAGGAGAACACCAACGUGAAUGAGUGGCGAUGGGUGCCCACUAAGGACAAUCCAGCAGACAAAGCUACCAAAUGGAAAGGGCGUGAGAACUUCAACUGGGAUGGCAUUUGGUUCCAGGGUCCCUCAUUUCUGCUGCAGGAUGAAGAGUCUUGGCCGACGAGAAGAUUCGUUUCAACUACUCCUGAGGAAGAGAUACGGCGGGUCAACCUUCACCGCGAGAAGUUGAAUCCUGGACUUCUUCCUCUAAAAGCUGAUCGCUUCAGCCGCCUGGAAAGGAUGAUCAGGACGUUGGCGUGGAUUGUCAGAGCCAACAUCUGCAUAUAA